CAUCGACACCGAGCGCCCAAGCUCCCCAGCCCGACCCCAACCCCUCCGCGCGGCGCGCGGCGCCCGCGCGCGUCUCCCGCCCAGGCCAACGCCAACCAAACAAAGUCCGUUAGCCGCGACCGCCAGACCACCCCGCCCGGGCCGCGGCGCAGGAUGCGCCAACAUCCCCCUUGCCUAUAGGGCCCACGCGGCAGCGAGACGAGACGAGACGGGACGGGCAGGUCGGCGCUGCGCACACGGAGCUGGUCACUCACCUCCCUGUCUCUCUUCUCCUUCCCUCCCGCGGUGGUUAUAAGACCCCUCCGCCCCGUCCUCUCCUCUCCUCUCUGCUCCCGUCGAUCUGCCAUCCUCUGCCUGCCCCGCUUGCGCGGCGCGUCUGCUCUAGUGAUUUGAGACGGAGAUCCGCCAGAGAUUGAGGAGAGGGAGGGAGGCGCCGGGGCCGGGGAGCGGCGGCGGCGAGGGAUGGACGGCCACGGCGGCGGGGCGGGGGCCGGCAAGCUGACGCGGACGCCGUCCUCGCUGCUGCGCUCGCCCACGGUGCGCAACUGCUCCUCGUUCCAGGCCGUGGUUGUCGACGACCCGGAGCCCGACGACAAGAAGGCGCAGGCGCACCCCAAGCCCCCGCCCCACCACUUGCACCCCGGUGGCGGCCCCGCCCACCCGCGGCUCGUCCUCGCGCUCCCGCUCGCCUUCCUGCUCGUGCUGCUCCUCCUCCGCGGCGGCGGCGACGGCCACCACCUCGCCCUCCUUUCGGCGUCCGCGGCCGUCGCGCUCGCCGCCGCCGCGGGGGCCGCGCGCCUGCUCCGGGGACGUCUGCGCCGCUCGCCAGGCUCCGGCUCGGUCCAGUGGUUCAUCGGGGACGACGACGACAAGCCGCAGAAGCGGGCGGACAAGGCCGCCGCGCCGCACGGCCGCGUCGUGCGGGAGGGCGUCGAGUUCUACAGCAAUGGGGACUGCUACGAGGGCGAGUUCCACCAGGGCCGCUGCAACGGCAGCGGCGUCUACAACUUCUUCGGCAAGGGCAAGUACGAGGGCGACUGGGUCGACGGCAAGUACGACGGCUACGGCAUCGAGAGCUGGGCGCGGGGCAGCCGGUACCGCGGCCAGUACCGCCAGGGCCUCCGCCACGGCCACGGCGUCUACCGCUUCUACAGCGGCGACUGCUACGCGGGCGAGUGGGCCGGCGGCCAGAGCCACGGCAUCGGCGCGCAGACCUGCUCCGACGGGAGCUCCUACGUCGGGGAGUUCAAGUGCGGCGUCAAGCACGGCAUCGGGAGCUACCAUUUCAGAAACGGUGAUCGGUAUGCGGGCGAGUACUUUGGGGACAAGAUCCACGGGUUUGGCGUCUACCGCUUCGCCAAUGGCCACUGCUACGAAGGCUCCUGGCACGAAGGCAAGAAGCAGGGAUUUGGGAUGUACACGUUCCGGAACGGCGACAGGCGAUCGGGGGACUGGGAUUCUGGGACUCUCAAGACCCCCUUGCCCCCCGCUGAUCCUUCCGUCCAGCGUGCUGUACAGGCCGCUCAGCGUGCUGCGGAGAACGCAUUUCGCCUGCCUAGAGUUGAUGAGCAGGUCCACAAGGCGGUCAUAGCCGCCAACAGGGCGGCCACGGCCGCUCGAGUAGCGGCGAUCAAAGCAGUUCAGAACAGGAUGGAUGGGAAGUUUUGCGAUACCUGUGUGUGAAUCGCUGCGUGCGAGACCAUGUUCUUUUUGUUUCUCCUUCUAAUCUAACUGUACAUUAGGGUAGUGAAGGACAAUAACUAAUCAGAGUGAGGUCAGACGACCGGGGCAGCACAACCGCGUGCUCCGAGUCAGGGUUCAUCAACGAACGGGAGCGGACCUGGCAAAAAAAAAACAUUUGCGAGAAACGGCUCUGAUCCUGCCAUAUCGCCAUGGCCAUCGGAGGUUCCCUUCCUCCUUCCUUGCAACAAGCUGUAACUGUACAUAGAUCCAAGUGUUGUAUCAAUGGAAGAGCGAGUUUUUCC